AUGCCAUCUUUCCAGAUGGCAAAGAACAAACGCCAAUCUGAGCACACGUCACGAACCUCAACAUUAACCCACCGACCGAAGACCCUGGAGCCCUCCUACCGUAUUAAUACAUUCACCGUACUGCAAAGUGACCCAAUAUGCCGGAAGUGGCCUGUUAUCUUGCGCACAAUUAUGCGCAAGAUGGACCACACUGGUGUAUGCGUGGUUACGUGCGUUCGGCGAGGGAGGGGUCCUGGCCCCAAGGACAGUACGAUCACUGUACUGGUUGUUUGCAAUUCUGAAAAACCCCCAAGUCACCGCGAAAACUCCAUUGCCAGGAUUCGGGAACUCCUCGACAAAAACUACCUGUCGGGUGUGGCAGUCGAGUUUGUCCAGGGAUACUUUGCCCGGGGUGGGACUAGCUUGAGUGGAAGAGAGCUAGAUCGCCGAGCUGUGCAAAUGCUAUCCGUCCUUGGUCAAAGCCUAGCGCUGAAGGAUGCCCAUAAUUCGGGCACGCUUGGUGGAUUUCUGGAGCUCAAAAUGCCUGGGCAAGACUAUAUCACUGUGGGGCUGACAUGUUUUCAUUGCGUCAAUCCAAGCGAGAAGGGUCUCGAUCCUAAACCCCUCACGAGGGUUCGCUUGUGGCGCCAAAAUGGAAUUGCACCAGAUGAUGAUAUGAGAACACGCCUUCAACUCGAACACCCCAGCUCAAGUGCCAUCAAAGAAAAGGUUAGAUCCCUGGAGAAAGAGAUCCGCGAACUUGAAGGAGAUAAGGAGUAUAUCCAACUCUGCAAACUAGUGUCCGAAGGGUUACAGGGUCAAUUAGGCCGACGUACGGAUCAGAUUUUCCUUAACAUGAGCAAGACCCUGUCAGAUCUGAAGGGCUUCCUUCAAGAUAUCAAGAGAUUCCAGGCAGCGAAACGGGCAUCCUUCGGUCCUGUAUAUGCGGCCUCGGGAUUCAGGGCCACAGCUUCAACCAACGGGAAGGCGUCAAACCUAGAUUGGGCGCUCAUUGAGGUUCCGCAUGAUCGUGUGGGAGAAAACAAGACUCCUGAUGGGUACUACCUGAAAGACUCCCCAAAACCCGCGAAGCUUGACGAUGUGCCGUUGUUCAUUCACGGGCAACGCUCGGGGUAUUGCAAAGGGAAAAAUCAUCGCCUUGAGAGUGCAAAGUUGGAGCACGAGAUCGAAGAUGGAAAGCCGAUUACCCGAAAUACUUUCGAGUAUUCGAUAUUUCCGCAAUAUGGGAUUCACUUCUCGGAAGGGGGUGACUCCGGGGCCCUUGUCCUCACAGAAGACCAUGUUGUGGUAGGCAUGCUUUUCGGUGGCGUGGUCUCUGGAAGUGACCUGAAGCCAAUGUUCUCCUAUUGGACGCCGAUCGAAGUUCUCAUAGAAGACAUAAAGAACAUCACCAAAGCCACUAAUGUUCGUCUUAAGAUGAACCGCCCUGGAACAUCCCCCUAG